GCGGCACAGUCCACUCACAACGAUUGCAUAAACGCAUUGAAGUUCCAUGUACGUUCGAGGUUGUUUGUUGCAGCAUACAGGAAGAUUUCCUAUCGUCACUUCACGUUUCUGGUAAAUAAUCAUGUGAUGACAUUGCGCUCCUUCGCAUGUCAUUUCCUGGUGUUAUAAGAAGCAAUCCAGCAUAGCUGCAAAGCCGUGUAAAUGAGAGGCACCCGCUAUGCAAUAAUCCCACCAGCGCGAUGGAAGAUAUCAAUACGUUUGGGCUUUUCGCAACAUUGGCGAUAACAGUCGCGCUAUCAUAUCCCUUGUACGCCAUUUAUUUGCACCCACUCCGUGACAUCCCUGGUCCAAAGCUAUCGGCUAUAAGUCGCAUACCCUACUGGCUAGCCUGCCUGAGGGGAAAUCAAGUCAGGUAUAUUACUAGUCUCCAUAGAAAUUAUGGAUCAGUCGUGAGAUUUGGACCCAAUGACUUGAGUUAUGCUGAUGGGAGGGCCUGGAAAGAUAUCGCGGGCGUACAGAAAGGCAAGAGUGAGAAUGGGAAGGAAGUCAAGUUCCACGCACCUUCUGCCAAUGGGACGCCUAACCUGGUGACAGAAAACGAUCAAGAACGUCAUGCGGCGAUUCGACGUGUCUUCUCCCCAGCUUUCUCUGAAAAAGCUCUACGGGCUCAAGAACCAAUGUUCCAGAAAUAUGCCGAUCUCGUGGUAAAAAAGGGCCGUGGCGCUGGCACUAUUAACAUGACUGAACUACUUAACUGGGCCACUUUCGACAUCAUGGCCGAGUUAGCUUUUGGAGAGUCCUUGGGCCUUCUAGAAAGGGGCGCAUACUCAUCAUGGAUCGCGAUAGUGUUUAAGUCUGUCAAGGUUCUCCCAUUCAUCCAGAUGAUUGAGUUUUAUCCAGCGCUCAAGAAGAUAUACGAUCUUAUAGAGCCCAGAUCGAUCGCCGCUAUGCGCUUAGAUCAUUUCAAUCACACCGUUUCGCGCGUCGACAAACGUCUUAAAGAAGGCUCAGACAAUCCCGACCUGUGGAAUUUAGUAGUAGAGUCCAACAUUCUUACUCUCAAGGAGAUGCAUACAAAUGCCGAACUUUUUAUGCUUGCCGGUACAGAAACUACUGCUUCCCUUCUUACAGGCUUGACUUAUCACCUGAUUAUGAAUCCCGACAAGAGAAAGAUGUUAACAGAUGAAAUACGAAAGCGUUUCAAUAGUAGCAGAGACAUUACUUUUGAGACGCUUGCUCAAUUGGAUUAUUUGAACGCCUGUAUUCGUGAAGGUUUACGAGUAUAUCCAUCCAUUCCAUCCGGUAUUCCUCGCGAGAUAGCAAAAGGUGGUAAUCGUGUAUUGGGGAAAUGGAUUCCGGAAGGGACUCGUGUGUCUGUGCACCAAUUUGCGACCUACCACUCCCCAGCAAACUUCAGGGAUCCAGACAGUUUCGUACCUGAACGCUGGUUGGGAGACCCGGAGUAUGAGGGCGACAAUCGGGACUCACACCAGCCCUUCUCUGUUGGGCCUAGGAAUUGCCUUGGUAUGAACUUGGCCUGGCAUGAGAUGCGAAUUUUGCUCGGGACACUACUGUACAACUUCGAUCUCGAGUCAGAUGUUGGGCCGGAUUGGCUUGAUCAGAAAGUCUACGUCAUUUGGGACCGUAAGCCUCUGCUAUGCCGCCUGAUACCAGCACCACAGACAUAAACAACGUGCUAGUCGACUCGUGAAUUAGACACAAACCUCACUUGCAAAUUUUCAGCUCAAGCUACUAUGCCUAUUAAUAUUACAUUUUUACCAC